AUGGCAGUACAGCCGCUGCACUUCGUCCUGGUGCCGCUCCUCGCGCCGGGCCACGUCAUCCCCAUGCUCGACCUGGCACGCCUCAUCGCCGGCCGCGGCGGCGCGCGCGUCACCGUGGUCCUCACUCCCGUCAGCGCCGCGCGCAACCGGGCCGUCCUGGAGCACGCUCUCCGCGAGGGGCUCGCCGUCGACGUGGCCGAGCUGCAGUUCCCGCGCCCGGCACUGGGGUUGCCCGAGGGGUGCGAGAGCCACGACAUGGUCACCGAGCCCUCCCACAUCAUGCUCUUCUAUGAAGCCGUGUGGCUGCUCGCCGGGCCGCUGGAGACGUACCUCCGCGCGCUGCCACGGCGGCCGGACUGCCUCGUCGCGGACACUUGCAACCCAUGGACGGCCGACGUCGCGCGCCGGCUUGACAUCCCACGGUUCGUGUUCCACGGCCCGUCCGCGUUCUUCCUCCUGGCGCACCAUAGCCUGGCCAAGCACGGCGUGCACGACAACGACAGCGUCGCCGCCGGCGAGUUCGAGCAGUUCGAGGUGCCCGACUUUCCCGGGCGCGUCGUCACGAGCAAGGCCACGUCGCGUGGGUUCUUCCAGUUUCCUGGGAUGGAGAAGGAAAGGCGUGACGCGCUGCGCGCCGAGGCCACCGCCGACGGCUUCGUCUUCAACACGUGCGCGGCUUUCGAGAGCGCGUACAUCAAGGGAUACGGAGACGCGCUCGACCGGAAGGUGUGGGCGGUCGGACCGCUCUGCCUUCUGGACUCGGACGCGGAGACGACGGCCGGAAGAGGCAACCGCGCGGCCGUGGACGCCGGCCUGGUCGCCUCUUGGCUCGACGAGCGGCCGCACCAGUCCGUGCUCUACGUCAGCUUCGGCAGCAUGGCCCGCCUCUUGCCGUCGCAGCUCGCCGAGCUCGCCGCCGGGCUGGAAUCGUCAAAUCGGCCGUUCGUCUGGGUGAUUAGGGACUGGGAGACCGACGACCUCGACGCCGGGUUCGACGAGGGCGUGGAGGGCCGCGGACUUGUCAUCCGUGGGUGGGCGCCGCAGAUGACCAUCCUGUCGCACCCGGCGGUGGGCGGCUUUCUGACGCACUGCGGGUGGAACUCCACGUUGGAGUCGCUCUCCCACGGCGUGCCGCUGCUGACAUGGCCGCACAUCGCCGACCAGUUCCUGAACGAGACGCUGGUCGUGGACGUGCUCGGCGCCGGCGUCCGCGUCGGUGUUAAGGUGCCGGCCUUGCACGUGUUCCUGAAUCCCGAGCUAUACGCGGAACAGGUCGGGAGAGACGACAUCAAGUGGGCACUGACAGAGCUGAUGGAUGAGGAGGCGGGAAUACGGGCGACGGCGAAGAAGCUCGCGACGAUGGCAAGGGAGGCGAUGGCGGAGGGCGGGUCGUCGGACCGGGAUGUGGCCGAUAUGGUUCGCCAUGUGGGGGAGCUCGCGCAGAGGAAGGAGAAGGGCGUGCCCGAGCUUGGAAACAACGAGAAGACAGAUGGUCAAGUCAAAACUUCCGCUCUAGGAUAA